CCAGGUUCCUCAUGAUGUGCAAAGAAGAAAAGAAAAAUAAUAAGCAGUUCAGCGCCAUCUAUCAAGUGACAUAGCAAAUAUAUUUAAUAUGUCAGUUCUGUCAACAAUAAUUUAACCUCAAAAACGAAAAGGAACGUUCUUUUUUACUAAUUCUUUCAUAACUGAACCAAAUAUUAAUUAAGAAAAAUGUCAGAACGUAAAGUAUUAAACAAAUACUAUCCUCCGGAUUUCGAUCCUUCGAAAAUCCCUCGCAUGAAAUUACCGAAGAACCGCCAAUAUACAGUACGUUUAAUGGCUCCAUUUAACAUGCGUUGUGCCACUUGUGGUGAGUAUAUUUAUAAAGGAAAAAAAUUUAAUGCACGAAAAGAAGAUGUUGAAAAUGAGGAUUAUUUGGGUAUUAGAAUUUAUCGGUUUUAUAUAAAGUGUACAAGGUGUUUACAAGAAAUUUCAUUUAAAACUGAUCCCCGAAGUACAGAUUACGAAAUUGAAGCAGGUGCCACUAGAAAUUUUAUGGCUUUGAAAUUGGCUGAAGAACAAGCUCUUAGAGAAGAGGAAGAAUUAAAAGAAGAAGAAGCUAAUAAUCCAAUGAAAUUAUUAGAAAACAGAACUAAACAAAGUAAAAAUGAAAUUGAACUUUUGGAAUCUUUAGAAGAAUUAAAAGACUUAAACAGACGACAAGAAGCUGUUGAUUAUGACUCGAUGUUAUCUGUGUAUGAUUCCAAAUUAACUGAAAGAGAACGAGAAGAAAAAUUAAAACAAUUAGAUGAAGAUUACAUUAAAACUGUUAAUUUCCAAAGUAAAAGAAAAUUUGUUGUUGAAGAAGAAAUCAUUGAAGAUGAAGUUCCUUUUGAUCAAACUCAAACUAAUUCAUCAAAUAGCUCAUCGGCAUCUUCAUCAAAAAGUUUAGUACAAAAAUCAGAUAAAAUAAAAAGUAAUAAUGAUUGGGAUAGAAAAGUAGGUAUUUUAAGUUCAAAAAAAUUUAUUAGUGGAUUGGUUAAGCCUAAAGCUAAAGAUGUAAAAGCUCCAGUUGCCACUAUUUCUAAACCAAUUAAUAAUGAAGUGGUUGAUGAUAAAAGUAAUUCAAAAAAAUUAGAAUUAAAAGAAUCUAAUGAUGUAAGUAAUUUAAAAAUUGAAAAAGAGAGUGUACCUAAAAAUGGAACAAAUAGUCUUUUAUUGUUAGCUGCUUAUUCCGAUAGUGAUAACAGUGAUUAAUUAAGUUAUUGAGUUAAAAAAAAUUUUGA